CUAGAGCCAGGCCCCACCCGGCCUCGCCCCCAAGUCCUGAAGUGUAGUUGCUGCAACCUGUGGGGAACCUUGGCACUCCAGAACCUGUCCGGGCCUAGUCUGUGGCUUGCAGCUCGGCGACAGUCAUGGGGACGGAUGCUGCCCACGAGCCCGAGACCGCAGAAGUGCUGCCCCAGCACCAGUUAGACUGCAAGUCCUUGGAUGCUUACCUAAACCGUCAUUUGCCUGGCUUCGGGGCACAGCCCGGAGCUACGUUGACCAUUACUCAGUACAGAUCAGGGCAGUCCAAUCCAACCUUUCAUCUCAAGAAGGGCUUUAAAGCAUAUGUACUCAGGAAAAAGCCACCAGGUUCACUUCUUCCUAAAGCACAUAAGAUUGAUAGAGAAUAUAAAGUCCAGAAAGCCUUGUUUUCCGUUGGCUUCCCUGUUCCCAAGGUUUUACUGUACUGCAAUGAUCCUUCUGUCAUUGGAACAGAAUUUUAUGUGAUGGAACAUGUGCAGGGCCGAAUCUUUCGUGACUUCACACUUCCCAGAGUUAGCCCAGCAGAACGCUCAGCCAUAUAUGUGGCCAUGGUAGAGACACUGGCUCGACUGCAUUCUUUGAAUUUACAGACAAUGCAAUUGGAGGGAUAUGGUCCAGGUGCUGGGUACUGCAAAAGACAGGUUUCAACCUGGACAUCGCAGUAUCAAGCUGCAGCUCAUCAGGACAUCCCUGCCAUGAAACAGCUAUCUGAGUGGCUAAUGAAAAACCUGCCAGAUAAUGACAAUGAGAGCAAUUUGAUUCAUGGAGAUUUCAAGCUAGAUAACAUCAUUUUCCACCCUAAGGAGACUCGAGUUUUGGCAGUUUUGGAUUGGGAACUUUCAACCACUGGUCAUCCUCUGUCAGAUUUAGCUUAUCUUUCUCUGUUCUACUUUUGGCCAAGGACCAUUCCAAUGCUGCAUCAAAGUUCUCAAAUUCAAGAAAGCAUAGGAAUACCAUCAAUGGAAGAACUGGUUUCAGUAUAUUGCCGCUACAGGGGAAUUAAUCCUAUUCUUCCUAACUGGAAUUUCUUUCUUGCAUUUUCAUAUUUUAAACUGGCUGGAAUAGCACAGGGAGUAUAUAGUAGAUAUCUUUUAGGAAAUAAUUCAUCUGAGGAUAGCUUUCUGUUUGCCAAUAUUGUGCAACCUCUGGCAGAAACUGGAUUACAACUCUCAAAAAGAACUUUCAGUAAUGUGUUGCCACAGGUUGAUACUACAGGACAGUUGUUCCUACAGACUAAGAAAGGCCAGGAAGUUCUUAUGGAGGUGAAGCAUUUCAUGAAAAAACACAUUCUUCCUGCUGAAAAGGAGGUAUUUGAAUACUAUGUUCAAAAUGAAAAUUCCAUAGAGAAGUGGAAACAACCUUUAGUGAUUGAUAAACUAAAGGAAAUGGCCAAAGCACAGGGCCUCUGGAACUUGUUUUUGCCAGCUGUGAGCGGUCUGAGCCAGGUGGACUAUGCCUUGAUAGCUGAAGAAACAGGAAAAUGCUUUUUUGCUCCAGAUGUCUUUAACUGCCAAGCACCAGACACAGGGAACAUGGAGGUACUGCACCUUUAUGGAAGUGAGGAACAGAAGCAGCAGUGGCUGGAGCCUCUUCUUCGAGGGGACAUUACCUCUGCCUUCUGUAUGACAGAGCCUGAUGUAGCUUCAAGUGAUGCCACAAAUAUUGAUUGUAGCAUCGAGCAAGAUGGAGAUAGCUAUAUAAUUAAUGGCAAGAAAUGGUGGAGCAGUGGAGCUGGGAAUCCCAGGUGUAAAAUUUUAAUUCUUUUGGGAAGAAGUAAAGCUACUUCACAGUCCAGGCACAAACAGCACAGCAUGAUUCUUGUUCCUAUCAACACACCUGGAAUAAAAAUAAUAAGGCCUUUGUCAGUUUUUGGGUACUCGGAUAACUUACAUGGAGGACAUUUUGAGAUCCAUUUCCACCAAGUGCGAGUUCCUGCUACAAAUUUAAUACUAGGUGAAGGGCGGGGAUUCGAAAUUUCCCAAGGCCGCCUUGGACCUGGCAGAAUCCACCAUUGUAUGAGAACAAUAGGUUUAGCAGAACGUGCUUUGCAAAUCAUGUGUGAACGGGCAGCACAAAGGAAAGCCUUUAAGAAGAAACUGUAUGAACAUGAAGUUGUGGCUCACUGGAUUGCUGAGAGCCGAAUUGCCAUCGAGGAGAUCCGCUUGUUGACCUUGAAAGCCGCCCACAGCAUAGAUACUCUGGGCAGCACUGGUGCCAGAAAGGAGAUUGCAAUGAUCAAAGUGGCUGCCCCACGGGCCGUCUGCAGGAUCAUUGACCGAGCCAUCCAAGUGUGUGGAGGUGCAGGCGUCUCUCAGGAUUUCCCUCUGGCUAACAUGUAUGCAUUAACACGAACUCUGCGCCUAGCAGAUGGACCCGAUGAAGUGCACCUCUCAGCAAUUGCCAAGAUGGAGCUACAGGACCAAGCCAAAGCGCAGAGAGCCAAGAUGUGAGGAAGGCAACACCACUCCAUCCCCAGGGUAGACGCAUUCCUUAAUCAGCUCCAACGUUUGAGUCUCACAUUUUUGUAACAGAUUGAGAACAGGGUUAGUUUUCACUUACGGUAAAGAUUUUAGCCUCUAUUUUGAUCAGUGAGUUUUAUAAUUUCAAGGGUCACACAGAUAUAAGUUGGAAAAUCUGUAGCUGUUCUUAGGUCUAGUAACUAAGUGGUUUAGUAUUUGCUUUUAAGUGCAACUUAUAAUGAGAUCAUAAAAUAAUGGAGAAUUAUUUCUAAAACAUUUCCUGUGUGGCAUAAAAAUGGUUUGAUGUUUUGAAUUUUAGGAAUUAAUAUAAGUAAAUAACUUCAAUAAUAUUUCAUCCUGCUUUUAAAAACAUAUAGUUGGAUCUCUUUUAAACACUAUUUUUAGAGGGGUUAGUUUGAAAUCGUGCCAUAAAGUUUGCACAUGGCUAUAUGGGAUGUUUAGAAUCCAUGCAAUUCUAACUUCUUCAUAAUACAGCCUGGAGCACUUGUCUUCCAUCUGAAUGCAGCUGAUAGUUUACAAGAAAACAUGGCAAAUUUUGAGAAAAUAUAACUAAGAACCAUUUUACUUGCUUAUAAAAUGUUAAUGAGAACAGUGGACAGAUUGAGCUGCAAGAAAGUUCUUCUGUUUUGUUAAGAGGUUAAAGACAGUCUGCUCUGAGUGGCCCAGGAGCAGCAGCAGCCUGUGCAGACAUCCUUGUGGCAGUUACGUCAGCUGUCACACACAGUAUAGUUGUCGGCCAUGUGUGACUUCUGAGCACCCUAAAUGUAGCUAAUGAAACUGAGGAACCCCCAGGCACAGUGGUGCACACCUAUAAUCCCAGCUGUUCAGGAGGCUGCGGCAGGAGGAUUGCAAGUUCAAAGCCAGCUUCAGCCAUGGUAAGGCCCCAAGCAACUCAGUGAGACCCUGUCUCUAAAUAAAACACAAAAUAGGGCUGGGGAUGUGGCUCAGUGGCUGAGUGCCCCUGAGUUCAAUACCUGGUACCAAAAGGAAAAAGAAACUGAGGAACUGAAUUGUUAAUUUAAAAAAAAUUAAAUUUAGUUAUUAGGGGAAAACUUUUAAGUAUGCUUAGAAUGACUUGAUUAUGUGAAUCUACUUUUUCAACUGUAAAUUUAAUGAAAUCUUAAUACAGAGAAAGUAUGUUGAAUCAAAAUUUGGCAUCCAAAGAAGAAAACAGAGUAAGUGUGAAAUGUACACCAGAUUUUGAAAACUUAGCAUGAAAAAAUCUCAAUACCUUUUUAUAUUGAUUACAUAUCAAAAUAAUAACUUGGAAAUAUUGAGUUAAAUAAAAUAUAUUAUUAAAAAUUA